GGUUCUUUCCCGUGGUUCCAUGAUUUUAGGUUGACUUUUGGGUUACGCUAGGCCUGCAAAACCUUCUGGCAUGUGGCCCAGAAUUCCCCCGACAUUCAAUGCCUAUUCGAGCAUUACGCUGAAGGCUUUACAGAGGCUUCUACCCUUGGCUGGCUCGACGUUUCCAGCAAGAUGUAUUCACUCAAAAGAUUGGCAUCCAUGUGGCGGUCUGACUUUCACCUAAACAAUGUAUUCGAAGAUACAGUGGCUACUGACCACCUCGUCGACAUCGUUUCGCGCAUACAAUCCGUGAAGUGUGGGCUUUGGUGGAUGUGCGCUGCCUCUCAAGUCUUCAUUCGGGGGUGCGACACAAAUACCAAGCGAUCUCAGAUAUGGUUCGUGCAAAGAUUGCCUAUGCUGGGAUAUAUGUCCUAUGUGCGGUCAGUUGUCAUAGACCCUCUGCAGGACCUUGCGGUCGCAGUGUCGUCCAACCUCGCCGAGCAAGGUCGCCACGUCUUUUCGGUGACAUUUUGGUCGGUUUCAUCGCAACGUCCACACCCAGAUUCUGCAUGCACUUCCUUGGAGUGCAAACAUCCUUGUUUUAUGGCACCUGACCAUCAUAUUUUUUUUGUGGGUCAGCCUGCGAUUUGUGGGGAUCGUAUAGUAGUACUCUAUUUCACAACCAAUAUCGGUUCACUGGGGACACGAUCCAACAUAUUCAUACAAGUGAUAGAUUGGAGGAAAGGACUUGCGAAGGGUUAUCCCUUAUACGAACUCGGUUGGACAGAGGCAGAUUUCCAUCUACUUGACGAACAAAGGAUCAUCGUCAUUGGCCCGGACUCAGGCCGUAUGGCCUUGUACACAUUACAAGAACUUGAUGGCUCACCUCGGCGCCGAAUUGUGUACGUCCUCCCGAAAGUGCAACGAUACCUUCGGCCACUGUUCGGUUUAUCAUCGCCCUGUGUCAUUCAUGCUACACCGUCGUUCCAUGGUGCAGCGGCUCGCCCAGACCUUAUGCCCGACUACGUGACCUCUCCGGAGGCACAAAUCAUGGUUUUAGAAGUUCUCUCCAGAUCAUGGCAGGUAAUUUUAGUUAUCGACAUGGCUAUCUUCUCAGCAAAGGCCGUACACUCAGAGAUACCUGUCGAGAUUCCCUGGUUGGAGUGGGGACCCAAGUAUGCGCGAUGCUUUCCGCAUCAUCCAAGCCACCGAAUCAGCGUUUUCGGCAGAAAAAUGGCCUAUGCUCUUCCUCAGUAUCGUGCCCCUGAACCAGGGCAAAGACUGGAGGAACUCCCUACCGAAGGUUCCUUCUACGUGCAGAUUUGGGAUUUCAGUAGGACCAUUGCUCGCUCCGAAUGUCCGGGCAAUAUCCGCGACCGCAAUUCACCAGAUCGUCUCAUCUGCAAGCCUGGUCGGCUAGCUCAGACGUGCUUUGAAGAAGACAUUGGAAAUCUCCUUGCAUAUCAUCCUUACGCUACUGCUGUCUGCCCCACGGGUUUCUCGACGCGUGACUUUCACCGGUUUUUCUUGGAACAUGAUCGGCUCACUUUAACAUGGGCCCGCCCUGACUCGGUUCAUAUCCAGGUCGUUUCUCCCUCACAGAUGGAGGUUGACUUGGACGUUGGACAGGCUCACAGCCCAGAGCCGCAUGAAGCCAAGCAAACGCAGUCUCGCAACAAAACAAACAUCCUAUUUCACCUACUGACGAAGCUGCUGAAACGGUGGAGAGACUCCGAAUAGACAGUUCCUGCUCCCUACUCUGGAACUUGUAGUCCCUCGUCGUGGAAGAGGGGGAUUUUCGGCGGUUAUGGGUAACGGAUGCAUUAAAGGCUCCAUCUAUUCCUCCAACGAGUGGAUGAGGGCCAAGGUCAUUGGAAACAGCCCCUCGAUUAUCGAGUAUACCCUCUUUUUAUUU